UUCAAUUUGUGAUUGAAUUUUAACUUUGGUUGCUCCACAACUCUUCCUUCUUAUCCCCCAACCCUUACACUCCCUUUCCACAUAACACCACACCAAACCAAUACAGCAAAGCAUAUCUCUUCGUUUGCCUUUCUCUGCGAAACCCUAACCCUGAAAAAGGAUUCACUAUGAAAGGAGCAAAACCGAAGGCCGAGACUAGAAAAGCUGACAACAAGCUCUCUGUGAAGAGAAAACCUGCCGGAGGUGAUAGAGCCGGCAAAAAGCCAGCGAAGAAAGAGAAGGCAGUAAAGGACCCUAACAAACCGAAAAGGCCUGCAAGUGCCUUUUUCGUAUUCAUGGAGGAGUUUAGGAAGCAGUACAAGGAGAAACACCCAAACAACAAAUCCGUUUCCGUUGUGGGCAAAGCUGGAGGUGAUAAAUGGAAGUCGUUGUCAGAUGCUGAAAAGGCCCCUUAUGUAGCGAAAGCCGAGAAAAGGAAGACUGAAUACAACAAGAGCAUGCAGGCUUAUAAUAAAAAACAGGCUGAAGGAGCUAACGCAGCGGAUGAUGAAGAGGAGUCAUUUGAAAAAUCUAAAUCUGAAGUUAGUGACGACGAUGACGAAGAUGAUAGUGGAGAGGAAGAAGAGGAUAGUAGGAGGUAGGAAACAGAGGAAGACAAAGAUGAGGGGACUUCGUUAGUUGUGUAGCAGGUCUAGGAUAAUCUUCCGUUUCUUGUUACUCUUCAUCUUCUUCCGUGGAAAACAGAUUACUUUUUGUUUUUUGUUUUUUCUGCUUUUUGGGUUAUUAUCAAGAAAGAAAGAAUCAAGAGUUUCUGGAACUUUCUAGGAACUGUAUCAGCUCGAUCUUUUGUAUUUAAAUCUUUAUGUUCUAAUGAUUCUGUUUAGGGUGGCCCUCCUUUUUGGGUUUGCA